CCCACCAACAGCCAUGGGGACAACUUUCGAGCUUUGUGUGGCUGUCAGCCUAUUCAUAGUGGUCAGCGGAUUAUGCCCAGUGGGGCGAGAGUUCAUUACUGCCUUUAUGCCUAACUAUUUGCUGAGCUACCAUGAUGAUCAGAGUCUUCAACUGGCCAUAACCACACAGGAUUAUCCAGCCGUUGUUCAAAUUCAGGUCAAUGCAAUCGGCUUCUCCACCUCAGUGAAAAUAGAGAAACAGAACACCAAAUGGAUCGCCAUACCUGGUAACGCUGAAAUUGGGGGUCCAGGAGCUUCUACCAAAACAGUGCAGGUCACCUCCAACUCUGACAUCUCAGUGGUGGCCUUCAACUACAAGUUCUCGACCGGAGACAGCAGUGUGGUCUUUCCAACUGACCAGCUGGGUACUGACUAUGUGGUCUUCACCCCCGAUGAGGGUCCAAGCAACAUGCACAAGCUUAUGUCUAUCGUCAAUGGCAAAGAGCCCAACAAGAUCACGAUCAUCCCUGCCUCCAACACAAAUCUCAGUGGCGUGGAUUCCUGGAAGCAAAGACAGGCGGUGAUUGUUACCAUGGACCCAUACCAGGUCUACCUCUAUCAAAGCUACACCACUUUCACUGGGACCAGGGUCAAAGCCAAGCUCCCUGUGGCGGUCCUGGGGGGACACGAAUGCGUUGCAGAUGGAGGCCGCUGCAAUCACGUCUACGAACAACUGCUACCAGUACAGAGCCUCUCCACCAAUUACCUGGUUCCUUCCAUGCACAUGACCCAUUCAACAGACUUUGUAAACAUUGUGGCCUCAGAGGACAACACUCUAGUGAAGAUCAUUGAGGGAAAGGUAUCCACUGCUAAAGAGCUGAAUGCGGGGCAGGCGUAUGUGGUUUCUGUCCAACCCAAAUAUCCGCUGAUCAUCAAAAGUGACAAGAAGGUCAUGGUGAUGUACUUCAGCAACAACAAGCCCUAUGAUCCGUUCCUCACCAACAUCCUCCCAACGUCUGAUCUGGCCAACGAGUGGUCGGUGGACACGCAGAGCAAAUUCAAGAGCACAUUGGUCAUUGUCUCCGAGGGGGAAGGGAUCAACACCGUUAAAGUCUGUGAGAAAAAUAAAUGUGUGAAAUCUCUCCAAUGGACAUCAUUCAACUCAGACCCUAAGUACAUGUGGGUAAAUAUUCCAUUGGGAGAGCAGCAACAGCAUUUCUCCAUCAAAGGCGACUCCCUCAUGGCUGUUUACGUUUAUGGUGGCAUGCCAAGAGACGGCUAUGCUACAACAGGAGUAUGUUCCAAAGGCACUGCCCCACCCACUCCACCGCCAGACCCCUGUGAGAACGUCAAAUGCAGAGAAAAGGAAGAAUGUACAAAGGGGGUUUGUGUCCACAUCUCCAAAGCAACCUGCAGGGCUGUGGGCGAUCCCCACUACCUCACCUUUGAUGGGGAGCGGUUUGACUUCCAGGGCACCUGCUCUUACGUCAUGGCCACGGUUGUUAAAUCUGAACCUGGCCUCAUCCCGUUCACUGUCCUGACCAAGAACAACCACAGAGGGAACAAGAGGGUGUCUUUCGUGAGGAAAGUCUCAGUCACGGUCUAUGGGCUGACUGUUGUGAUCAGCACACAUAAAGGGAAGGUUGAGGUGAAUGGUGAGAAUGUCUACCUGCCAGUGACCCUUGCCGGGGGAAACCUAACGGUGGUGUAUAGUGGCAGCUAUGCUGUUCUGAAGACAAACUUUGGCCUGAAGGUUAUGUACGACUGGAACAUGAAGUUCUACAUCACUGUCCCCAGCAGCUACUUCCGCACCCUGGGUGGGCUCUGUGGGAACUACAACGGGGAUCCCAAUGACGAGUUCACUAACCCCAAAGGUAACAAGGAACCCACAGUGGUGAAGUUUGCCCAGAGCUGGAGAACUGAAGAUGGCGACUUGUUCUGUCAUGAUGACUGCCAAGGGGAAUGUCCUAGCUGCACUCCGGCUCUCCAACAGAAAUACAAGGGAGAAAAGUUAUGUGGUCUCUUGGCCAAAAAAGAUGGCCCAUUCGCAAGCUGCCACAAGGUCCUGGACCCAGGCGUGUUCAUGGACAACUGUGUGUAUGACGUCUGCAUCAAUAAAGGCAUCUACCAGUUCCUCUGUGAGAACAUGAAAAGCUACAAUGAUGCCUGUUUGGCUGAGGGGGUAAAAAUUAGCCCUAAGUGGAGGACAAUCACUGGAUGCCCACUGGAAUGUCCGUCAAACAGCUAUUACGAGGCGUGUGGCACAGCUUGUCCUGCCUCUUGUUCAGAUCUAGAUGCUGAAGCAAAGUGCAAGGAACCCUGUGUGGAGACCUGUCAAUGCAACAAGGGCUUUGUCCUCAGUGGAGACAAAUGCAUCUCCAAGGAGAGCUGUGGCUGCUCUUAUGAAGGACGAUACUACCCAUCUGGAAUGAAGUUCUGGGAAGAUGACAAAUGCACAAAGCAGUGUGAAUGCAAUUCAGGAACAUCCAAGGUUGAAUGCAAAGCAACAGCAUGCAAGAAAUCAGAGGUGUGUGGCCUGCAGAGUGGUAAGAGAGAUUGCAACCCAACAUCUUAUGCCACCUGCCAAGGUUCAGGCGACCCCCACUACCGCACGUUUGAUGGCAAGAGGUUCGACUUCCAGGGAACGUGUACUUACGUUCUCUCCAAAUUGGUCAGCAAAGACGACAGAUCUCUGGCAUAUUUUGAGGUGCUUGUAAAGAAUCAGAAUAGGGGGAGGAACACGGCAGUGUCUUACACAAAGACAGUCACCAUCACUGUCUUCAAAAACAUCAUCAUCAUGAGUAGGGACAACCCUGGCAAAGUGUUGGUCAACAACCAGUAUGUGAACUUGCCAUUUGAUGUAGAAGAUGGCCAACUGUCCAUCUUCCGCAGUGGGUAUUUUGGGGUGGUGAAGACCAAAUUUGGCCUGACACUGAAGUUCAACUGGAACAGCCAUGUCUCCCUAACCCUCCCCAGCUCCUACUCAGACCUCAUCGGAGGGCUCUGCGGAAACUGGAAUGGCCAACGGAACGACAAUCUCCUCAAACCAGACAAGAGCCCUGCUAACACCCCAACAGUAUUCAGAGACAGCUGGAAAGUGGGGAACGACCCUGGCUGCUCCAGCGACUGCGACGGCAAGAAGUGCCCCACCUGUGACCACAGCCUGAUGCUUGAUUACCAAACAGGG